AUGGAGGGCAGAAGCAUCCAAGCAAGUGGCAACCAAGAACGGCAGUCUUUGACAAUGAAUCUCAAUCUUUCUCUUGCUCCACCGCCACCAUUACAAUCGCCGCUGCCACUACCACCGCAACCAUUCCCUCCGACACUACAAAGCCAGGAAUUCCAAUGGUCACUAGAAGGGCCAUCAUCAUCGUAUUCUUCACCAAUGAUUCCGAUAUGUUUUAGACCAACACAACUUUCACAGCCACCCGCAUUACAGGCGAUACCACCACUGCGAGAGCGGUUGAUAUUCCCAUCCUCAUAUCCAUCAUUACCAGAACAGGAUGUGGUAGAAAGGCGGCAACAACAAUCAUCUGCAACACCUCCACUGCUAUCCUUGCCAGCACCACCACAACAGCUGCUCUCGAUUCGAUUUCAUCCCUCGCCGGAUGCAACUCCUUCGAUGGUGAGGCAUCGUAAUGUUCAUGGCAGCAGUGCUGGUGGUGGUGGUGCCGGAGGAAGAGGCGGCAUACGCCCAAGGCGGAGUUCCAGCCGGCAGCCGCUUAAAGAAGAUCGUAUCCGACCACCUUACCCGUGGGCGACAGACAAGAGGGCUACCGUGCACCCUUACGAAUAUCUGAAGGCCAACGACAUAGACAAGAUCAGCGGACAGGUCUAUUGCAAGAGGUGUGAGCAGGUGUACACCAUGGAGGUGGAGCUGAAGAAGGUGCUUGAGGUGUGCUUCAUCGUCGUCCGUAAUUUCCACGACUCGAACAACCGGGCUACCACGGAGUGGCUGACGCCCAAGAUGCUCGACUGCGAGAAGUGCAACCAGGUGGCCUGCGUGAAGCCCGUCACCAACGAGAAGAAGAAGAAUAUGAAUUGGCUCUUCUUGUUCGUCACGCAGUCCCUCGGCUACUGCACCCUCGAGCAGCUUAAGUACUUCUGCAAGCAUGCUAAGUGUCAUCGAACCGGUGCCAAAGAUCGCGUCCUCCAUAAUACCUACGUCCUUCUGCACAAUCAGCUCGUCGAACCCGAGUGUAAGCUCAUGAUCGUGAAGGGUUAG